AUGAAUCCUCCAGCUGCUGAAAAUUUCAAGGGCCAGAAAGAGGAGUUCCAGGAGGAAGGCAUUGAGUUGGAGGGCGAAGAGGACAUCUUGCAUGCUGAAAUUGCCAAGUUGCAAGACCAUGCUGCUGAGCAGGAUAUGCGCAUCCAGAAGCAGCAGUCGCUCAUUAACAACCUUAGGGGGGAGCUCUCUAACCAAGACAACAAAAUCAAGUUCUUGGAAGUCGAGCUCAAGAACAUGAAGCACGAUGUGAGCCCGGACCUUCUACGAUGCGCGCUGCUGAGCCGAGCACACAUGUUUUUUUCUCUCUCCCAAUUACCCUCCCAUGGUAAGACGGACGUGGCGGCAUGGCUGUCGAUAAUGAAUGACCUGUUCGCGGCUCACAAGGUCCAUAACGACGCUCGCGUUGUCGCUGCCACCACCAUGCUAGACCAGAAUGCACAGCGAGUGGUGUAUGGUAACAAGCUCCAAGCUGAGGCAGACAAGAAGCCGUUUGAGUGGGAGGAAUUUGCUUCUGAACUCAAGCAACCUCUCCAGGUCCAGCCGACCCAGUUAGAGGUGCGAAGCCGCCUUGAGAAGCUGCAGUGUGGUAACCGCAUGAUUCAGCAGUACGCCAUGGAGUUCGAGGAGAUUUGGGUGCUCCAAAACCCGGCGGAAAAUAUGAGCGAAGGUGAGAAGAUCCACCCCUUCUUUAAGGGCUUGCCUGAGCACCUCCAGACCAUGUACGUGACGGAUGGGGCUGGGGAGUCGUAA